AUGCCUCUCACAAAGGAUCUCCUUCAUCCGUCUCAAGAAGAGGAGAAGAGGAAACACAAGAAAAAGCGCCUGGUGCAGAGCCCCAGUUCCUACUUUAUACAUGUGAAGUGCCCAGGAUGCUAUAAAGUCACCAUGGUCUUUAGCCAUGCACACACAGUGGUCUUGGGUGUCGGCUGCUCCAGUGCCCUCUGUCAGCCUACAGGACACAAAGCAAGGCUGGCAGAAGGAGGUUCCUUCAGGAGGAAGCAGCACUGA